CGGCUCGGCCAGUGCACAACCGACUGGCUUGUGACCGUCUCGGGCACCACAUCAUUAAUAACCUAAGCCGGUGAGCCAGCCAUGGCUUACUACUCACCAACGGCCAUCCUCACGGACUCGCAGAAGGCACCCUGCACCUUUGAGCUUGCCGUUCCCGCGCUCUCACCCCUCAACAAUGGCACUGCAAUUCAGCAGGGUACCAAGCUUGAUCUCCCGCUUUGGAUGGCCGAGAUGUUAGCUGUGUCCAAGCCAGCCGGUCCCUCUUCGUCCUCUCUCGCGACGCUGGACAUGCCUACAGCGCUCGGCCAACGUGUAAUGAAUGCUCUACAAGCCGAUCCCAAGUCCGUGGACUUGCGAUCACAGGCCCAGUGGUUCUACGGCUUGGGUGAGCGGAUGCUAGAGCUGUUUGAAGAAGAGGAGAUGGUCGAAGUGAUGACCGAGACAUUCAAGCAACGCGCAUUGGAGAUAGCAGACAAGGCACAGAACACUCGCAGCGCGCAACAGAGCGGUGGCGACGGCACAGACUUCAUGCGAGGUCUCGAUGAGACGGAGCGAUUGUUAUUUCGGAGCGCCCACGAUGGGAGCAAUGCCGUGAAGAAGUGGAUGGAUGCAGUCCGGACGUGAGGCAGCGAGGGCCGUGG